UCAGAUCCUCCGGUCCCCUCCACGGGUUGUGGAGACUGACUGGAAUUCCCCCUCUGCGUCUCAGGAGGUCAAGCUGCUAGUCGUUGAAGUCACAGCCAGAGUCCUCCCGUCCGAAGCGGGAAUUAGAACCGUGACAGGCCUGCCCGGAGACCUGGGCGACAUCCUGCCUGUGAAAGGCUCUGGGGGAACACACUGUUCUCAAGGUCAGCCACCAGUGCUUAUCGCCUUCCAGAUGGGUGCUCAGCGUGCAGCCGAGGCUGAAUAAACUCAGCGGCUACCCAGACUUGAAGCCAGAUUACUUGACCAGAAUAUUUUUUUGAUGAAAGGCGCUAUAAAGCUGGUUUUUACAUGGAAACAACUGCAAAUGUGGACAAAUCAUUUUCUCCAACUCAAUCCAGAUCAGUGGUUCAACUUUAACCCAAAUGAAAGUUUGAUCUCCUGAAAUAUGACACAAGUCAAUCAGAGAAAGACAAUGGCAGAGCUGGGACUUGAACCAUCUGCUCAGGUCCAGGGGCUGGUCCACCGCCGGCGAGUCCAGUUGAGCCACCUGAGCCGGAGCCCGGAGGACGCCGUCGCUGUCCGAGCCCCGCGCGCCGCGAUGGCCGGGAGGAACCGGCUGCUCCUGCUUCUGUUGCUGCUGCUGCCGCCGCCUGCGACCCGGGCGUUCGCCCCUCGGAUCAGCCUGCCGCUGGAUUCUGAAAAGCGGCCAUUCUUCAGAUUCCAAGCUGAAAAUGUGUUCAACUACACGGCCCUCCAGCUGAGCAGGGAUGGCAGGACCCUGUAUGUGGGUGCCCGAGAGGCUCUCUUCGCGCUCAACAGUAGCCUUAGCUUCCUGCCAGGAGGAGGGUACCAGGAGCUGCUGUGGAGCGCAGAUGCCGAGAGGAAACAGCAGUGCAGCUUCAAGGGCAAGGACCCACAGCGUGACUGUCAAAACUACAUAAAGAUCCUCCUGCCACUCAACAGCAGCCACCUGUUCACCUGCGGGACGGGGGCCUUCAGCCCCCUGUGCACCUACAUCAACGUGGAGAACUUCACGUUGGCACAGGACGAGGCGGGGAAUGUCCUUCUGGAAGAUGGCAAAGGCCGUUGUCCCUUUGACCCCAAUUUCAAGUCCACGGCUCUGGUAGUUGAUGGCGAGCUGUAUACUGGAACAGUCAGCAACUUCCUGGGGAAUGACCCGGCCAUCUCCCGGAGCCAAAGCCUCCGUCCCACCAAGACUGAGAGCUCCCUCAACUGGCUACAAGACCCCGCGUUUGUGGCCUCGGCCUACAUUCCCGAGAGCCUGGGCAGCUUAGAAGGGGACGACGACAAGAUCUACUUCUUCUUCAGCGAGACUGGCCAGGAGUUUGAGUUCUUUGAGAACACCAUCGUGUCCCGCAUUGCCCGCCGCAUUGCAAGGUGAGCCCAGAAGGGUGACAAGGGCGGCGAGCGGAUCCUGCAGCAGCGCUGGACGUCCUUCCUGAAAGCCCAGCUGUUGUGCUCACGGCCUGACGACGGCUUCCCAUUCAACGUGCUGCAGGACGUCUUCACGCUGAGCCCCAGCCCCCAGAACUGGCGUGACACCCUCUUCUAUGGGGUCUUCACAUCCCAGUGGCACGGGGGGACCACCGAGGGUUCUGCCAUCUGUGUCUUCACCAUGAACGAUGUGCAGAGGGCUUUCAACGGCCUCUACAAGGAGGUGAACCGGGAGACGCAGCAGUGGUACACCGUGACCUACCCGGUACCCCUGCCCCGGCCCGGCUCGUGCAUUACCAACAGUGCCCGGGAGAGGAAGAUCAGCUCAUCCCUGCAGCUCCCCGACCGUGUGCUGAACUUCCUCAAGGACCACUUCCUGAUGGACGGGCAGGUCCGAAGCCGCCUGCUGCUGUUACAGCCUCAGGCCCGCUACCAGCGGGUGACCGUGCACCACGUCUCUGGCCUGCACCGCACCUACGACGUCCUAUUCCUGGGCACUGGUGACGGCCGGCUGCACAAGGCGGUAGGCGUGGGCCCCAGGGUGCACAUCAUCGAGGAGCUGCAGAUCUUCUCCCCAGGACAGCCCGUGCAGAACCUGCUCCUGGACCCCGACAGGGGUCUGCUGUAUGCAGCCUCAUACUCGGGCGUAGUCCAGGUACCCGUGGCCAACUGCAGCCUGUACCGGAGCUGCGGGGACUGCCUCCUCGCCCGGGACCCCUACUGCGCUUGGAGCGGCUCCAGCUGCAGGCACAUCAGCCUGCACGACCCUGAGACAGCCUCCAGGUCAUGGAUCCAGGACAUCGAGGGGACUAAUGCCAAGGAACUCUGCAGCACUUUCUCGGCCAAGACCCGGGUUGCUGUACCAACAGGUGAGAAGCGGUGUGAGCAAGUCCAGUUCCAGCCCAACACGGUGAACACCUUGGCCUGCCCCCUUCUUUCCAACCUGGCGACGCGGCUCUGGCUGCACAACGGGGCGCCUGUCAAUGCCUCGGCCUCCUGCCGGGUGUUGCCCACGGGGGACCUACUGCUGGUGGGCAGCCAGCAGGAGUUGGGGGUGUUCCAGUGCUGGUCACUGGAGGAGGACUUCCGGCAGCUAGUGGCCAGCUACUGCCCAAAGGUGGAGGACACGGUGGCAGACCGGAGUGGCAAAGGCCCCGUGGUCAUCAACACGUCGCGGGUGAGUGCACCAGCCCAUGGCAAGGCCAGCUGGGGUGUGGACAAGUCCUACUGGACGGAGUUCCUGGUCAUGUGCAUGCUGUUCGUGUUCGCCAUGCUGCUCCUGAUUUUAUUCCUCCUCUACCGCCAUCGGGGUGGCAUGAAAGACUUCCUGAAGCAGGGGGAGUGUGCCAGCGUGCACCCCAAGACCCGCCCUGUGGCACUGCCACCGGAGACCCGGCCGCUCAAUGGCGUCGGCCCCCCUAGCACCCCACUCGAUCACCGAGGCUACCAGGCCCUGUCGGAUAGCCCUCCAGGUCCCCGAGUCUUCACUGAGUCAGAGAAGAGGCCACUCAGUAUCCAUGACAGCUUCGUGGAGGUGUCUCCCGUAUGCCCCCGGCCCCGGGUCCGCCUAGGCUCUGAGAUUCGGGACUCAGUCGUGUGACAACAGACUUCUAGAGGAAGUCACCCUGGCUUCAUGGGCCAUGAAUACUCAGAGGGUGUCAGCUGGACCUCUGCUCCUCGUGACACACAACUUGGUACCCAGCCCUUGGGAGUCAUGGAACCAGCUGGCCGGAUGCUCUUCAAACCAGGAAGCCAUGGCCCCGGAGGUCCCGGCUGAAGAUGGCGCCUGCCUCGGUGGGCAGAACAGUGCUUCUUACAUAAACUGAGCCUUUGUUUAGAAGACCAUUGAAAAUGUGAAAUGAGAGUGAGAAGUGAGACAACAGAAUGCUGCGUACACGGCAGUUCCAGUUCUAAACCCCCAGCCUCACGGGGGGCUUUGGGGAAACAGACAGCAGACUGGCCCGUGCCUGGAUUUACCUCGCCACAGGAAUUAAAAGCAUUGUCACCCCCAAAAAAACAAAAACAUUGGGACUCAUCCAAAGUGGUGGUUUGAGACAGAGUUGGGAAUCCCUCACCUGCUGGCCUCUUACAACCUCUGCCCCUUUCACUGUAGAGCCAGGGGCCAGCUCAGGCUCCGUGGGUCCUGCCUGGCCAGCUGGCCAAGAUGUUACGGCCAUCAUCCUGUCACCUCAGGGACCGGAGAGCUAUGCUGGCACUGCAGUCCACACAAGGCCCUGGGCUCGAGCCACCUCUGGACCUUCCAGCCUGUAUCAGGUUGUAACCACGUGAAACAGCAGGCAGCGCGAGCCCAGGAGAGUUUAUGACGAAGUACACCUUGGCCUUGCAAUUCCAGGAAGAGGCUGUUGCCUGCUGUCCGGUCUCCAGCCCGAGAACCACGUGUCCCUAUCUGCGGAUCACCCCUAGCCUUGUCUUCGAGCCCAGGCCCCUUCACCCCAACACUUUGCCUGCCUCCACUCUAAAGGGUGCUGACUCUGACCAGCACAAGGCCGUGAAUUUAUGUGGAUUUUAUAUUUUUUUAAAUGAGGUGCACUUUACAGUUUUUUUUGUAAUAAAAUCUCAAGAACUGAAAUUGAACCGUG